AUGAACGAACUAUCUGAUCUAGUUUUAAAUUCAGGUCGCAAGAGCUGGGACCCAGCCUAUCCUACGGUUGCCGCAAGCCCCGCAAGCCAGGCCCGUGGGGGCCCGCGCAGGCUGGGGCCCGGCUGGCAAGUGCCACCUCGACUAUAUGGCCAGUCCGACGCUGGUGAUGCCACGCACCACGUGUCGACACCCCGCUCCGGGUCGUCGACGCAACGCGACGAGCCGGCGGUGCACACAGCGACCCCGGCAGUGCGGACGACAGUGCCGAACCGGCUGGGACGAGCGGGUGACAACGCGGGGGGCCUGAUCCGGGUGCCGGUUCUGGUCAACGGGCGACCUGUCCACGCCCUGGUGGACACCGCGGCGAGCCACUCCUACAUCGCCGCACACCUGGUACCUGAGACGGAGCUGGAGUCGGGGGAGGAGGACGUCCUUCUGGCCACUCAUGGGACCCGCGCGCUCACGUCUGGGCGCGCCCAGAGACGGGGGCCGGAGUGCACGGGCGAUCGUCUGGAGUGUCCGUUCUGCGAUGACGACCACGACCCGACCAUCACCGGCGUCACGGACCGCUGGCACGAGGAAGAGCAGAGCCGUCUCCCGCUCGCGCUGGCACGGAAAAGGGGCCGGGUAGCAGCCGACCCUGAUGGUGGUGAUGGGUGCAGAUCCGCCCGAGCUACCGGGGCUGAGGCGUGCGAGCUGCAGGAGGCAUUUCUCGAGGUGCCGCGUGAUUUUCGCAACCCGCCUGCCCUUGCGCGGAGCACAGAGCAGAUAUUCCCGAGCUGCCCAGAUGAGAGUUUGUCGUCUGAGCGAGCGGAGGAUGCGUGCUAUUGCCACGAGCUGCUGGGAAAUAAAAACAAGUUGACGUGAAGCACUCCACUGGAACACUGGUUGUGUGCGUUGACGUUCGCAGUCUCCAGUUGGUUGCGACUGCCACAGUCACUCUUCAUUCCAGGAAGGUUUUUUUUUAUUUUCUUCUUGAUUCUUGGAAAUGUUUCCUAAACAAAUUAAUUUUCUCUUCCGCCUUUAGAUCUAGUUUUUUUAGUUGUAAUUUCAGUAUGAUACUUUUUUAAAAUUGUGGUGAAGCAAUGCAGUUGAAAAUGGAUCUGUUAAAAUUAUUUUUGCGAGAUGUCAUUUAUGGGAUCUAUGUGUCAAACAUGUGUUAAAAUUUGUCACAAUUUGUGACGCCUAAACAACAGAGUUACUAACUUUUAAGACACAUGCUGCAUAGUUGUGAAAACUUUGAUAAACAGUAAAUACACAAAUUCAGAGGAUUACAUAUAUGUAUGUGUGAAGUAGAUUUUUGUAUGAUGUAUAGGGAAACAUUGCUAAUCUUACUUUGAUUUAUUACUAUGACAUAUUGUUAAACAUAAUGAUUGAUACAGCCAAUUGUUUUUUCCAUGAAAGUGCCUGAGAGUGUAUUGAAAAUUGCAGUCAUUAGUGAAGCAAAAAAAAAUUAUGUUGGCACAAUUUUAAAAGUAUAUUAUGUAUUAUUUAAACAUGAAAUUGUGUUUUGUUAUGUUAAAAUGCUUGAAGUUUUGUUUAAUAGCAGAGUUGUGAAAUUUAGUGAUAAGCUUGUAUAUGAGUUAUUUGCUAAGCCCUUGCACUGCCUGUGAUGGAUUCUCCCACGCAACUGACAACUCCAUUUGCUAACAUCACUUUUGAAUAUUGUUUGGUGCUUAUUUAUUUUGAUGUGCCAAUUUUUUUAUCAUUAAAUUUGCAUUGGAAAAGGAUCACAAAAUGGUAGAUGAUACCAUACCAGUCUUCUAAUGACUAAUUAACAGGUCAGUAACUGGACUGGUUUAUUUGAUUGACUUGCAUAUUUAAAUGUUGUCAAUGGAAAUUUAAAUUUUUUGUUCUUUUUGCAAGUUUGAAUUUCGUUUUAAUUUCAAUAAGCAGUUUGGUUAGAAUUUCUGACAGCCUAGUAACACGUGUUUACAUUGAUUCAUAAACAAUUUUUUUUAAUUCACAAAUAGAAAUUUACAAUAUCAAAUAUGAAAUAUUUUUCUAAUCAAAAUGUACAGUGUAACUGUCUCCAAGAAAUUUUUUUUUGCAAAAAAAAAAAAACCAGUUAAAUUAAAAAAAAAUUAUUACAUAUAAAAAGUGUGUUUGACUGUAUUAUGCUUGCAGAAAACACAUCCACAUUUCAGAAUAUCUUCUCAACUUAAUACAUGCUACAAUUUUGUCAUUUAGAUUUUUUGUGUUCGCAUUUGCUGUAUUUAUAGCAGGGUGGCCACUCACCGGGAAAACCGGGAUUUAUCAGGGAAAUCACGUUGAUCGGGAAUUAUCAGGGAAAUGUCAGGGAAUUUUUUUAAUAACCGGGAAUUUUUUGUGUCAUGUAUAUUUCCGCAGAGCUGCCAACCAUUACGGAUUUUCCGUAAUUAUUACGAAUUUAACACCGAAUUAUGGAACAUCGCUGGUUUAAUACGGAAACGAGGCUUUGUGCUGCUGGGUAACGGAAAAAAAUUCAGUUUCUGGUGUGCGUGUUUCGUGAACGCAGUUCGAAUACAUCACGUGGUUGCGCAGAUAACGGAACUAGUAAGUGUGCGCAUGUACUGUCGAAAUAAGUAGAUUAAUUCUUGUGUUUUGUAAUAGAAAUGGCACGGUAUUACGUCCGUUGUGCGAUACAACUAGUACAUAUUCUCGGAAUUUUCGUUUGUUAGUUACUUACAUCACGAUAAUUUUUGUACGGUACUUUGGCUAACCUGUGCUGUGUUAAUUACAUACUUUCUUGAAAGCCACUUUUUUUUCCAUUAAAAAAUGUUUUUGUCGUGUCUACAGACGUGAAACCUGUUUAUGUUGUUCUAUAGUGUUGUGUUCUUCAGUGCCGAUUGUAGAAAUGAAGCGUGUGACAGAACAAUGUGUAUCUAGGGCAAAAAAAAAAAAAAGAACGUUAUUCUUCAGAACUUUCGCCAAACUUUUCAAAAGAAUGUCCUUGCUUGUCAUCUUCAAAUGUUUUGGAACGCCACGCGUUUUGUAAUGUAUGCACGUGUGACUUUUCAAUUGCGCAUGGUGGAAGGGAUGACUGUAGACUGCAUAUUGAAUCAAAGAAACAUGCAGAACAUAUUAAAGCCGUGACGAGCAAUAAAUCUGUAUCGUCGUUUUUCGCUAUAUCUGAAGAAACGAAAGUAACAAACGCAGAGUUAUUGUUUACAAGUUUUUUGGUAGAACACAAUUUACCGAUAGCAGUAGCCGAUCAUUCGGGUAAUUUGUAUAGAGCUAUGUUUCCGGACUCAAGAAUUGCACGGAAAUACAGCUGUGCGAGAACAAAAACAUCUGCCUUAGUGGAGAGGAGUAUAUGGCUGGUGAAACUAAAUUGAAACUGUUAAAUCUUUUGUUAGUGGACCAUUUGCUUUAGCUACAGAUGGAAGUACUUAUUGUAAUGCAGUGAAGAUUUGUGCAUUAGUUGUUUAAUUUUUAAAUCAAACACAAGGUAAAAUUUGCACUGUACUGUUAUCCCUUGUUGAGAGUACUAUGACUAAGAAUAUUUCGCAACUAGAAAUGUUACACUUCAAAUCAUAAAUUAAUGUAAGAACAGUUAUCAAAAGUUGUGUGGAAAAAUGUUUGAGCGCUCACCACUGAAAUACCCCAUUACUAGGGACAGGAAAAAAUCGGGGGGUAAAUGACCUGUAGGAUGAACUCCAUAGUUCUGCGUACUCUCGGUCAAAUGUCAACCACUGCUUGGCUGCUGUCGUUUGAGACCUCCCAACGUAGCAGCCUGAGAUUCGAUAAAGCUUUGGUCGGGUGUUUCUCAUUGGCCCAGAGUCAUCCAGAUGAGUUGUGAGCCAAUAGCAGAGGCAGCACUGAUGUAUAACUAUUUGUAUUUUAGCCUAUCACGAAAUGAAUUUGCAAAUUUUUCCGGUCUCUAGACAUAAAAAAAAACACAGACUGCAGGUCAUUGAAAGGGUUGCUAUAAUGUAAAGUGACAUAUUUAAAAUGUAUUAUGUUAUUUAACGAACUUCCGUAUGUAUAUAAUGAAGAAAAUACAGCAGGGUGCUAAAAUGUGAGUAAUCUCUUUCUAUAAUAUUAUAUUAUUUCAUCAAAAUUAUGUUUUUUUGUAAUUGUAAAUAUCAGGGAAAUUUUGAAUUUUUAAUCAGGGAAGAAUCAGGGAAUAUUUUUGGUGACUGAGUGGCCACCAUGUUAUAGGCAACAGAUAAUGUGAAAAAUUAUUAGAUUCGUCUAGUUGAAUAUUUAACUAUUAAAAUUAAUACAUUUUGUAAAAUUGCAGACACCUGAAUGAAGUGCACCAAAACUGUUUGUUCUGUGUCUGGUAUUGCAUUACCUGAAAAAAUUUUUAUGUAAUUCUAUUUAAAUAUGUAUUGUUGGCAUGUAUGUAAUGAUGCUAAGCAGGAAUGUUUGGAAAAUGUUUUUCAUCCAUAGCAGUAUUUACUGUAGUACAUUGUGGUUGGGCUUAAAACACAGGAAGGAAAACCAUAAAAAUAAAUGACCAUACAACUAAAGCCAUGACUGCUGAUAAUGACCAUUGCCAUUUUAAAACAUAAACAGGAAAAGCAGAUGUAUGUGAUUCUUGCAGGAGAUAAAUGCAUGCUGCCAUCUUUAACUUGCCGUUUUGGCCCUAUGCACAGUUUGGCUCUCCGAUGAUUCUAGAUGGGAGACCUAGACUCAACAAGUAUAAAAAUGUAAAAUUUAUAACUUGUCAAGUCCAUUAUGUAACUAGUAAAUAAUAAUCAAACUUUCAAAAAUAAUGGGCAAGUUAACCAUCUUACAUUUUCUGUUCUAACACCUUGAGUCUAGAUCUGCUAUCCCUGGAAUCACUGGAGAGCUUGCCUGUCAGAGGACUGGUACAGCAAGUCACAGAUGGCAACUUGUCACGACCAAAUAUCUGUGAUAACUAAUGUAUUGUAUGUGAUAACUAUCGUUUGUAAAUAAGGUUCAAUUAAAUGUUAAUUUUAUGUAAAGACAAAAUUUUUUUUAAUAGUUGGAACCAUUGGUACUGUAUUUAUUGUAAAAUGCUAUUUGUACCAGAAUCAAAAAUAAAAAUUUGUUUGGACAGAGAA